AUGACAUUAUCAGUAUUAUUAUGCACAUAUACAAUUAUCAUUGGACAAAAAAUUCAUGCACAGCACGUUGAAUAUGAAAUGCCACUGAAUCAUACUGAUAAGAGCGAAAUUACAAGAAGUGAUAUUGUGGAGAGUCGGCCAAUCAACAAGAAUAAAACAUGCGCAAAUGAUGCAAUGAUCAUUACCGAACUGUUAAAGAACUAUGACAAGCAUAAAAUACCUGGUGGAAGUAAUGUACAAGUUUCUGUUGAGAUAUGGGUGCAGGAGAUUUCAAAAAUAAUCGAAAUAACAAGUGAAUUUGAGUUAGAUAUUUAUGUAACAGAGAAAUGGAUUGAUCCAUCAUUGGCAUAUAGUCAUAUGAAUCCAUGCAAAAAGAAUAUGUCCGUAGAUGGUGGUAAAAUAUUGCCACAAAUAUGGAAUCCUCAUGCAUGUUUUGUUAAUAGUAAAGAUGCAUCAAUCCAUCGUAGUCCGUUCAGUAAUAUUUUCUUGCAAAUUUAUAGCGAUGGUAAUGUAUGGCAUAAUUACAGGAUUAAAUUAACAGGUCCUUGUUUUAAUGCCUUGCGAACAUUCCCAAUUGAUAAACAACGUUGUAUGCUAUUUUACGAAUCAUUCAAUCAUAAUUAUGAUCAGGUGGCAAUGGAAUGGACAGAAACAGCUCCACCAAUAACAAUUUUAAAAGAAAAUAUAACAUUACCUGAUUACGUACUUGUGGAUUAUACAGCAUCUAGUGUUAGACGACUAUAUCCGCCAGGAAUGUGGAAUGAAUUAGUUGCUACAUUCACAUUUCAACGUCUUUAUGGUUUUUAUAUAUUACAGGUUUAUGUGCCUGCAUAUAUCUCUGUAUUCAUAUCAUGGGUUUCAUUUUGUGUCGGACCUAAUCUUCCUUCAAGAACAAUAGUUGGUGUGAAUUCACUUCUUGCCCUAACAUUUCAAUUCGGAUCUGUUGUAAGCAAUUUGCCUAAAACAAGUGAUGUUAAAGCAAUUGAUGUAUGGAUUUUAAGUUCAAUGGCAUUCAUAUUUGCAUCAUUGAUAGAACUUGCUGCAGUAGGUUAUAUGCGACGAAAUGGGUCAACUAUUACAGUUAGAUGUAAUUGUUCGAUAUUUUGCUUAAAAUGUCCAAUAUGGACAGCAAAUAAAUUAGAUAGGAUAUCAUCGGUAAUAUUUCCAGCUUUUUUUGUUAUAUUUAAUAUAUGGUAUUGGUUUUUCUUUCUUGGGUAA